GGCGAUGGCGUCGUCAGCGUUACAGGGCGCAGAGAGUGUCUGCGUGAAGGCUGAGCCCUCUGAGGAUGUGUCUACAACAGAUGAGCCCACGUUCGCGAGAGUGUCUGUAAAAGUUGAGCGUUUGCUGGAUGAUGUGUGUGUAAAAGACGAGCCCAGGUGCGAGGGUGUGUCUACAAAAGCUGAACCUAAGUGCUCAGAUGUGCGUGUAAAAGACGAGUCGCUCGGAGUGAGCGCGGCGGCGGCGCUGUACACGGAUCACGCCGUGAAAGAUGAGCUCGUGCUCGGCCCCGUGCUAGUGGAGCGGCGCGUGCGCCACGCACCAACAGCUUCCAAAGCAAUAAAAGUGAAGCAGUCAUGUAAGAUUGUCCCGGGGAGGCCCUUCCUGAGGGACUGUUGUGUGAGGCUGGAGCGCCUUGCUGUGGACAUGCUGCUCACUGGCACUCGGGGCACAGACCGGGACAGUUUGAGACAAUUUCGUGAAGCUGAUGGAGGGAGUGAACACAGAGACGCCACAGUUAGGAAUCUGAAAGGCAACUAUGGAGGACAAACUCCACUGAAGAAACCGAGCGGCGGAACUUACCAAUGUGCCCAAUGUGAAUAUGCAACAACUAGGAAGUCAUGGUUUAUUAGGCAUUUGAGGAAGCAUACUAAUGAGAAGCCAUACAGUUGCGGCCAGUGUAGCUAUGCUAGCACACGCAAACAUACCUUACAAGUCCAUGUGAGGACACACACUGGUGAAAAGCCAUACAAAUGCGAACAAUGUAGUUAUGCUAGUGCCCAGAAAUGUAGUUUAUAUAAACAUAAAAUGAUACACACUGCUACAAAACUUUAUCAAUGUGACCAUUGUAUUUAUACUAGCAACCGUAAAGAGUGUUUGCAAGUUCAUGUGAGGAAACACACUGGUGAAAAGCCUUACAAAUGCGAGCAAUGUAAUUAUGCUACUGGCCGCAAAAUUAAUUUACAGUUUCAUAAACGAAAACACACUGGUGAAAGUUACAAAUGUGACCAGUGCAGUUAUGCCUCCAGUUAUAAGAGAUGUCUGCUAAUGCAUAUAAAAAAGCACGCUGGCGUAAUGCCUUACAAAUGUGACCAAUGUAGUUACGCUAGUGCACAAAAGUGUGAUUUACUAAUCCAUAAACGAAAACACACUGGUGAAAAGCCUUACAAGUGUGAGCAGUGUAGUUACGCUUGUGCCCAAAAAAGUACAUUGCAUGUUCAUGUACGGAUACACACUGGUGAAAAACCUUACAAAUGCGAUCAGUGUGAUUAUGCUAGUGCCCGCACAUGUGAUUUACGAAGUCAUAAACGAAUACACACAGGUUAUAGUUACAAAUGUGACAAACCGGUCACUAAACAUAGUUCUGAUAAUCUUUGUAAGAAAGGCCUAGUAAUUAAGAGUAAAUAUACAAAUGAGAUACACAAGUGUGACCUUACAAGUACAAAGAAUUGUUCACCAGACCUUGAAGGACAUUAUAAAGGAGCAGAGGCCAGUUGCAUGUGGGCCUCGCCAUCCGAGCACGACCACACUUACGCGCGGCGCGAGGCCGCGCCGGCGCCGGGGCCCAGCGCCGCUCCUCCAGGCCUCGCGAGCGGCCACCGCGAGCGCUCGCGCGCGCAGAGCGAGGCGCGCGGUCUCGCCGAGUCGGACGCGGAGACCGAGAGGCCGACAGCGGCACCAACACACCGGGAGUUUGUUAAAUGACUGCUUUUAGAAAUUAAGCGCUCGGAUAGGAUUUGCUGCCUUCAAGACCGUUUGUAAUCAUCUGAGCUCAAGGUCUAUUUACUCUAUUUCGAUAUCGAUACAUGAGGUGAAUACGCGCGCGAGGAGCUCUCGACCUCGCAACCGGACACAUUGAUCCCACCAAAAACAUUUCAUGUAAAGUGUUGCCAAGACAGUUCGUUUUUUUUAGCAUUAGAAAUUAGGUAAACAAUCUUGAUGUGUCUUUUAAUUGAAAAACACAUUUUAAAAAUAAGUUACGGCAAAUAUGUAACAAUUAUGAAUCUAAUACGAUCAUUUAUAUUCUUCUGCUUUCAUAAGUAAUAGUUUUUGAAUUUUAAAAAGCGUUUUUCAUUUAAAAGACAUGUCAAGAUCGCUUACCUUCUUGCAAGUUCUUUCUAAUGCUAAAAAAAACGAACUAUAGGC